AUGCGCAGUCUGACGGCAGCAAGGACGGCGCCUCCAGCAGCAAAUCCUCACAGCGCAGCCAAUGUCUAUCAACAACAACAACAACAACAGCAACAGCCGUCGUCGUCACAGCAGCAGCAGCAGCAACAGAUUAGCUGGAGCACAAGUGCUACUGCCUAUCGGCGUCAUCAUCAGUCGCAAACACAACCACAGCAGCAGCCACAGCAACAGCAACAGCAACAGCAAUCAUCACAGCAACAGCAACAACAACAACAACAACAGCAGCAGCCGCCAUCGCCACGUGGACAUCAUCAGGCGCAUUACCAGCCAACAGCUCUGCUGCCGCCGCCGCCGCUGCAGUCGGCAGCACAACAACAGCAACAACAACAGCAGCGAUCACUUUAUACACCGGGACAACAUUACACAGAUCCAGCAGCAGCAGCAGCAGCGGCAGCCGCAGCAGCGCAUCAUUAUGCAAGCAGCGCGGGCAGCGGACCAGCUGCAGGUCAUGGCUACUAUUAGAAAGAGACGAUCAACCACAAGAAACACCAACCACAACAACAGCAACAACAACAACGAUAAGAACAACAACUGUAUGUAGUACACGUAAUUAGCAGCAAACUUCUAUAUGUAUAUGUAUGUGUUGAUGUGUAUGUGUAUGUAAUAAGCGAACAACAACAAGAGACAACAUAAACGCACAAGCACACACACACACACACACACUGACUAGUAUUUGUGCAAAUUGUAUAAAACCAACAUACAUAUAAGCGAAAACAAAACAAAAGCAAAACAAAACAAUGUUUACAGCUGGCUUAAAAAGAGAAAAAGAGACAGAGAGAGAGAGAACGUGAUCGAUUCAGCAAGAUAGCGACAAACCAAGCAAGAGUGAGAGAGAGAGAGAGAAAUUGGGCAAAAAGCACAAACACAAAAAUUCAUAUGUGCAAAUAUACAUACAUGCAAACAUACAUAAGUAUGUCAGCUCAUGUCAGAAUACGUUUACCAACACUAUUGCACACACACAUCAUUGAAGCGACUCUAAAACUAUGAUUCUUCUAUACACUUUUUUGUUUUCAACAGUGUCUCUCUUCUUCACUAUAUACAGUUAUAAUUUGUGUUCCUCUCUCUCUCUCUCUUACGUUGUCAUUGUUCUGUAUAUUUAUUAGUUUUUAAUUGCGUGCAUUUGUUGUACUUUGUAUCCCAAACGUAUAAAGCUAACCUCAAACAAUUUGAGUCGAAAAACAUAAGGAAAUAAAUUGUAGUGACAAAAUAAUGAUGAAAACUAUUAUAUAAUGCAUCUAUACAUACAAACAAAAACAAAAAUUAAAUUUAAAUUUAAAACACUGUUGGGCUGUUCUUAGAAAAGAGAAAAAAUCUACAAAAAAAAAAACAACUAAAAACAAAAACAAAACAAUGCAUAAAAAAUCAAGAUUAAAUGAAACAAAAACGAAAAAAAAAUCAAGUAAAUAUAUAUUAUGAUAGUACACUGCAAAACAUUUAUUUAAACAAUAUUAUGUAAAUUUCAUAAAACAGAAGUAAUUUAAAAAAAAGAAGCAACAACAAAAUAUACUAUACAUUUUUGUACUAAGCAUACUUAUAAUCAUAUAUUUUUUUUUGCUACUUUCUAUGUGUAAGUUUUAAUUUAUAAUCCAAUAUUGUUUUUUUUUUUAUAUGAAUGCUAUAAUAUGCUCUAUGCUAUUGAAUUAUUGUACGUUUAAAUAUUCUAAUGAUUGUGUAAUUAAUAUUAAGCGCAAAAAUCAAUAUAUGUACAUGCAUAUAUAUAUGUAUAUAAUAUGUAUAUGUACACAAAUACAGACAAUUAUAUAUAUAUAUAAUAUGUAUACAUAUAUAUAUAUAUAUAUAUAUAGAUAUAUAUUAUUAUGAUUACAUACAUCAUAUUUUUUAUAAACAUAAUUAUGACUUACAAAAACCAACAGUUUUAGUGUUUAGCUAAUUUACUGUUUGUGUUUUUUUUUUAACUUAUUUUUUACGUGCAAAAUGCAGCAAGGCAAAAACAAACAUUAUGGAAAAAAACAAUUUACAACAAAUUCAAUAUUUUUAAUACACAAUUGUAACUAAAAAGUAAAACAAACAAACGCUAAGACUUAUUCAACAACAACAACAACAAGAAAAAUUGUAAAAUAUUAACAGAAAUUAUAUAUAUAUAUAUACAUACAUACAUACAUACAUAUUUGUAUAUUUAAAUAUAAACGCAAAAAUCAUUGAAUCAAGGCGGAAAAACGGAUAUAUUGAGAAACACACACACACACAUCCACACGCAAAUAUAGGAAAUCAGUCACUGAAUUUUAUUUGUACAGUGAUUUUACAUUUUGAAUUUUCCCUCUUUUUUUUUUUGUUUUUUUACUUUUUCAUUAUCAUCCCUGAAGGAUUCGAGUCGAAUAUCAUUUAAUAGUCGAACAUUGCAAUAAUAAAUAUUCUGUUAUUUUUAUUGAACAUCUUUUGGAUUGAUGCAUACAAUAAAAACAUAACUAUCAUUAUCUAAACACAACAGUGAACCACGACCCUGAGCCACAUUUGUUGUAUUAUUUAUUAUUUAUGUAUGUAGAGAGAGAGAGAGAGAAAGAGUUUUAAAAGAUGUUCGGAGCAAUGAGAAUAAUUUGGCGUGAUUCGUUCAGAUUUCGAUCAUCAUUGAGAUAUUGAUGAUUGUGUGUCAAAUUAAUGUCAUUCCAAACGUGUUUUCUUUUUUUUAAUUCAAACUUUUAAUGAAACUUUGUAUAUAAAUAACAAAUAAUAUUGCAAUUCUAUACAUGUAUAGAUAAAUAUAUAUAUAUAUAGAAAGUGAAAGAGUGAAACUAUGGGAUUCAAGUGUAUAUACUACAUACAUAUACAUAUAUAUACAUACGUAUAGAGUUAUAUAUGUGGCUGGGGGUGUUGGUCGAAGACGUGACGGGAGGCGAACUCAUUGACCCAUUUGGAACUUAUAGACACAACGAAGCUGUCAAUGCCAAGGCCAAUAUUUCUAUAUAUACAUAUAUAUCUGUGCAAAUAUAUGCAUAUAUAUCUAUACAUUUCAAUGUGUAAUAUAUGUGUAUAUAUAUCAAAUUUUAUGUAAAUGGCAAACCCCGACAACACAAGCAUAACAUAAAUAACCGAAUUUUAAAGCCUGCGUAUAUUAUGAAAAAAGAA